AUGGGACUUCAGUUACGGGUUUGUCCAGUUGAAAAUUCUACUAUUGAUUUUGAUGAAGAUGUAUGUGUUCAUGAAGAUGUAUGUGUCGAAGAAGAUGUACGUGGCCAAGAAGAUGUGUGUGUCCACGAAUUUGAGUGGUGCACAGAUUACCAUCCUCGGCCAGAAACUGACAUUUCCGGCACUUACGACCGACAUUUUGACCACAUGAAGACCCGACGAAACAAGAAUUGUUUUUUCCUGCCCCGAAAAAAACCUCAGGCUAACUUUACGACCACAACGCUGACUGAAGCCAAGCCGUGUCAUUAUCUCAACUUUCUAGGCCUCAAACUCAGACUGAAAAGCUUUGAAAUGGCGCCUGUGCACGAGCAGAGCAUUAUUCGACAACUUGCUUUUGUUGGGUUCUUUUGGGAUGGUAUGUAUUAG